AUGGAAAUUUCUAGCUCAAUUGCGUUUGAUCGUGACAGUGAUUCUAGCUUAAUUGCUUUUGAUCGUGAUUGUGAUUCUAUUUUUUCUGCUAGAGUUGGUUUAGUCGACUCGUUUUCGAAACAAUUGGAAAAAAAGAAUGCUAUUUUAUUUGAGGAAGCAGCUAGUUCUGAAUUUUAUGGGAAACAAUUUCCUUCUGAAGAUGUGGCUUAUGAAAUGUUUAAUGAAUAUGCAUUUAGAAAGGGCUUUGGAAUUAGAAUUGGAAAAAGUAAGAGGCGAAGAGAUGAUUCAUUCUCUAUGAAAAGAUUUGUUUGUACAAAUGAGGGUUUUAAAGAUGAUAAGUGCAGGAAUAAUAGGCUGUAUGAGAGACUUAACAUAAGGACUGGUUGCUUAGCUUUUGUGCAGUUUAGUAUUGACCGUUCAGGUGUAUAUACAUUUACAAGACAUGAGAUGGUUCAUAAUCAUGAAAUGAUUCCUGUUGACAAGAGACAUUUAAUAAGGUCUCAAAGGGAUAUUUCUAAGGAACAUAUUAAUUUCAUUUCUACACUUAGAUUGAGUGGAGUUAAAGUUUCUGAUUCUUUGAGAGCUUUGAAGAAGGAGGUUGGAGGGUCUCCUAACCUUUGUUUUACAGCUCCUGAUGCUUAUAAUGCUAUUUCUGUUGAAAAGACAACUAAACUUGGGGGAGGUGACAGCAAUCAACUAAUCAAAUUUUUUGCUAAGAGACAAAUUGAUGAAGCAGAUUUCUAUUAUGAUUUUGAACAAGAUGAAAAUGGUGCAUUGGUUAAUUUCUUUUGGAGAGAUGGAAGGAUGAUGAGAGAUUAUCAUUACUUUGGUGAUUUGUUAGUUUUUGAUACUACUUAUAGGACUAACAAAUAUGGUAUGAUUUGUGCUCCAUUUGUGGGUAUGAAUCAUCAUGCAAAUAAUGUGAUGUUUGGCAUGGGAUUUAUACUUAAUGAAAGAACAGAAUCAUUUGAGUGGUUAUUUGAUACUUUUCUAACUUCUAUGGGAAGGAGAAGUCCUAUUACUAUUAUGACUGAUCAAGCUCAAGCAAUUGCAGCUGGGAUAAGAAAUAUUUUCCCCAAAGGUGUUCAUCAUAGAUUAUGUGUGUGGCAUAUUGAACAAAAUUCUAAGAAACACAUUGGGGCGUUGAGAGCUUUGGAUGGUUUCACUGAUUUAUUUGGUUAUUUACUGAAGUAUUGUGAAACUCCACCAGAAUUUGAGCAUUAUUGGAAAAGGUACUUCUGCUUUAUACUUGUUUAG